GCUUCACCUAUCGUUAUCAACUCUAAUUCAUGUUGGUCUCCACCGCCAUGCGUCAGGCAUGUGCAUAUUGUUAUGACUUCCAGAAGUUACGACGCCUUGCAAGACUAAAGAGCUUCCACCUACAAUAAUUAUCUGCAAUAUAACCUGCAAUAAUUAAUCCGAGCCUCCUCUCCCAUCAUCUUUCCUUAGCACCGAAUCCACUGAUAAGCACCGGUGGCCCCUGGCAAUCUGUGAUGAUAUGGCGAAGGAUACGAGCUCCGUUGGGGGGGAGCUCCAAGUGAGCAAAUGCUACUGCGAGACCGGCCGCAAGAGGCAUCGCAUCUCCAUGUCAAUACAGAUACCCUUCGAGGCUAAUCACCCCGCAGGGGAAAUCAACCUGAAUAGCGACGUGGACGAACAAAGUAUCGACGAUACUAGUGAUUCCGAGGAAGCCAUCGAAGAUGACGACAUUCAUACACUUGACAACGAUAAUGUUAUGGAGGGUGUGACGCAAAUGGAUUUGGAAGAUGAUCUGGCCUUUAUAGAGGCUCUAGAGCCUAACGAACCAGAAGAUUUAUCGACAGAUGGGCUCUUCGACCCUGGAAUGGAUGACUUCGAUGACUUUACCGACCAGGAACCCACUACGGAGCCGGAUGGCGCAUUAGAAGAAGAAGGGCCGCCGCGGAUCGCAACAUGGAGAUUGAAUCUUACGGCACUAUCACAAGUCUACAAUAUCUACAUGGUGGCAUACACAGACAAGAUAUACGUCUCCCGUCCCCGCAGCUGCAUUACGAACUCCUUGCCUGCUGAGCCUGACCUUAUCUUACGACCUCAGCCUAGCGCGAUGGGUAUUGGAGUUGGCGGGUACUUAGAUAACAUCUUCCCGCAUCAGGUAAACCAUCUAGUCGUUGGUGAUCUUGGCGAUGAGGAAAUUCUACUGCUUGCCUACGAUGAUGGCGAUGUCAUCGGAUACUACACUCGGUCUAUCGAGAACGAGCUCCUGCGCCGUGAGAGGGACGGCCGGGACAUCGAAAUCGUUCCCGAGCCCUUCUUUCACGAGAAUGUCGGAAAAAGCGCCUGGGGUCUUGCAGUUCACAAGAACUCUCGCCUUAUAGCCGUUAGUUCUAACGCGCACAAAGUCUGUGUUUUCGUGUUUGCCUUAACCGGGAAACAUUAUAGACAUAACCCAGGAGUCGACUCAGUUGAAUUCUUUAGAAACGUCGAUAAGAAUCUAAAUGGUGACCCCUUGGAAUCAUCAAACAGCAAAUCCUCACCCGCUAAGGAGGCUGGGUAUGUGUCUUCGCUAGAAAAAGCAAUCCGGCGUCGAGAUGCCAACUGGCGAAUUAUCCUAGACACUGGUAUAGGAGGGGCCAAUAUUCCGAAUGUUGCAUUUGGUAACGACGGCAAGGGGGAAGCGGAUAAGGUUGUAGCAAUAGAUAUCGAGGGAAGGCUUUGGGUGAUGGACAUUUGGCACUUUGGCGGCCAUCCUUUCGUCAAGAUCGAGGACCUCUACUCCGCUCGCUCGCGUAACGUGAGGUUUUAUUAUGACACUUUCCGCAAGCCUCGGGGCUGGGGUGUUCUCGUACUCCCCGAAAGCAGUUUUCUCCCGGCAGCCGAUUAUAAGGAUUCGCUGGGCCUAGAAAAAGAUAAUAUUAGAUUCAUUUCCCACGAGAGGAUUGGGAACUGGUUUGAUAUCAGCAAGGCCAUCAAAAACGUGAAAAACAACUCGUGGGUGCAUCCGUGGGUGAGAUGGGAUAAAAUUUCGCGAUUUUCGUUCAACCCUGUUGAGCACAGAGGUGUGCCACCUGGGGGUUCAUGGUUUGAAUUUGACCACAGGAUGAAGGUCCCCGAGUUAGGCACCGCGCAGGAGUUUCGGCCAGGGAAAACCGACUCUAAAUAUAUUGAGGAGCCCAAGACCAUUCUCACGGAUGGAAGCAGUAUUCUACGAACAUACGAGGUCGAUCUCGAGCUUCGCAGUUUUGAGGAGGGUGGUAUAGGUAUAAUGUUUGAGAAAGCCAUCGACCAGUCCCGACCUCCGCAUGCAGUGACUCCAGCAAUGAGAAUAUCUCAUGAACGCCUAGCGAAUCUCAUACACGUCCCGGAACUGUCGCUAGUCGUAGCUGGCUCGUUGUGCGGGCGGGUGGCGCUUGUCACCUUGACGCGCCCCCCAAAGCAGUUCCUAUUCAAACGAGGCUUCAAGGUUGAGGCUGUCCUACCCCUGAAACGGGAUGAAGAUAACGAGAUGCGGCCUAUCUGCCCCUUGCUAGGGGUGGCCGUCGGGCCAGUGCCAUUCUCGGGAAAUGUAGAACGAGCAACCGGACCUGUUGACCGAAGACGAUACCGCAUCAUGCUGCAGUACUACGACCUUAGAAUUCUCAGUUACGAAAUAUCUCGAAGCUCAUUAACAGACCCUCUCUCUAUUGUAUGAGGGUUACGGAUUUCUUCUCUUCUGUACAAAAUCAUUUUCAAGAUACCCAGGGUUUCGUGGGAUGUUUUCGAAUCGAGGCUGGGCUAAACCAGCAGGCGUUUAGGUUGCAUAUGGACAAGGGAGGACGGACGAGGCUCUUGAAAUAUCUGUCAUGUUGCAUGGCGUUCCCGCGAAGGAUUGACAAAGGAAUUAAAAAGGCAACAAACCGGAACAGAUUGGCAUGAAUGAGGCAUGACUUGCUUAGCUUAGCUUUUCAGCUAUCAUGUGGCCAGAUGUAUACUACGAAAUGUCACGACGACUAACCCGUGGGGGAACCAGACCAUCCAGACCGGGAUUGGUUUCUAGAAAAUGCCACCCGGACUAGGGUAAUUCGAGAUAGUUGAAAUCAGGUUCACGCUCGCUUUCUGGGCAAGACUCUUACGUAUCAAAAUUAUGCAGUGACUUACAAGCUAGGCUUUACUAAUAGAUGGAAUUCCGAGAGUGAAUUGAUACUCGUAUGAUCAAGCACGUUAGUUAACGGAAAGGGUAUUAUACUUAGCAUUACCUGAUUUUCAAGAUAUAAAUCACGAUGGUUAAUGAUGUGAAUCUAGG